UCUUUAUUCUCUAGCACCAUGUCGAGGUCCUAUGAUCGCGCCCUCACUGUCUUCUCGCCCGACGGGCAUCUGUUCCAAGUAGAGUACGCUUUGGAGGCCGUGCGCAAGGGAACAUGUGCGGUCGGUGUUGUGGGCAAGGAUGUCGUCGUCCUUGGUGUGGAAAAGAAGUCCGUCCUCCAGCUCCAAGAUCCCCGUACUGUCCGCAAGGUUGCUAUGUUGGAUGACCACGUUUGCCUCGCGUUUGCAGGCCUUACCGCCGAUGGUCGUGUCCUCAUCGACAAGGCUCGUAUAGAAUGUCAAAGCCACCGUUUAACCGUCGAAGAUCCUGUUACCGUGGAGUAUAUUACGAGACAUAUUGCCGGGAUCCAGCAGCGCUACACUCAGUCCGGAGGCGUUCGGCCGUUUGGUGUUUCGACACUCAUCGUCGGUUUCGACCCUCACGACGUCAAGCCUCGGCUGUACCAGACAGAGCCGGGAGGUAUAUACAGUGCCUGGAAGGCAAAUGCCAUCGGGCGCUCCUCAAAGACCGUGCGCGAGUUCCUUGAGAAGAACCACAAAGAUGGCAUGUCACGGGAUGAUACUAUCAAGCUCACAGUGAAGAGCCUACUCGAGGUCGUGCAAACAGGUGCGAAGAACAUCGAGAUUAGCGUUAUGGAGAGCUAUGGCAAGAUCACGAGCCUCGACUUGGCCCAGAUCGAGGCCAUCGUUGCGGAGAUUGAGCGGGAGAAGGAAGCUGAGGCGGAGCGGAAGCGUUCCAGACUAGCUGCGACCGCGGCGGGUCAGGCUGCGAUGUCGCAAGCUGCCGGUGGCUCUGGUCAAUGAAGUCGUUUGGUUGUCAACUGUAUUAUAUCUUACGAUAUGCGGCAUUAUGCUCGGACUGUACCACGAAGCAUUCUCUCAUCUGGGUCUGUGGGUCCGAUUGCC